CCGCGGGCAGUUUCAUUAGCUGUUGAUGGGUGAACCAUGUGUGCGCCGUCCUUGCUUCUUGGGAAGUGGCGUUUGCGGACAUGAGCACAAUGACUGGAAUAAUCCCUUCUGGAAACGAUAACGAUUUUGGCAGCACCGCGCCUCGAAUACCUUGGAGCUACGUUUUCCUGCGCCAAUACUUGAGGCGCUUCAAUAUGACUGUUGUGGAGAGCUUGCCCCUCCAACCCUCCACGGCCCAGGGAACUGGGGGCAGUUUAUUAUGCGGCAUUGUUGCGCUUCCAUCUCCUGAUGCCAGAAUUGCUGUAGUUGCUGUUGCUGCUGCUGCAAGAUGCGUUCUUGUUGGCAGCAGAGCUGUUGUUGCCACUGCAAAUGGAGGUUCUGUAAGAUCUGCUGUUGGUACAACACCCUUUGUUGAUGUUGUUGGUGGUGGUACUGCGCCAGCUGUGCUUGCAGGAGGAAAUGGAGUUGGUCCUCGCAUUGCCCCCUCUGCUGUGCCUGCUCGUGCUCCUGCAUGUGUAUGCUUUGCUGAGAUGACACCAGCUGGUUUUGUCGAUUUUGUUGUUGCUGCAUCGCUGCAUCGUGUUGUUGUUGUUGCUGGUGCUGGUUCCAUGCCUGGUGUUGCAUUUGCUGUUGUUGCGGAUGAUGCUGCAUCUCUUGGGGCGGAGCACAGUAUUGUUGUGACACCGCGUGUAAUUGUUGUUGCUGCAUUUGCUGCUGCAAGAGCGGGUGAAGCUCGGUUUGUUGUUGCGUUAAGUGUUGUGGCAGAACUUGUAGUUGUUGAUGUUGCAUUUGGAGCUCUGGCAACAGGUGCUGCUCACUUUGUUGAUGUGCCAGCUGUUGUUGUAGCAACAUUUGUUCCUGUUGUGCCAACUGCUGGGGUUGCAGUGACAACACUUGCUGGGCCUGCGGCGGUUGCGCCAGCAGUUGCGGCAUUUGCAUCUGCAUCUGCAUCCGCUCCACUUGUUUUUCAGGCUGCUGUGAUGGCAUAAGGUCGUGCUGUAGGCCAUGGUGGUGUUGUUGUGGGAUCAACAACCGCUCCUGCUGUUGUUGCGCGGCCCCAGGUUGGUGAUCG